UUAUUAUUGUAGAUGCCAAAUAGAAGUGGAAGAUUCAAAUAAAGUUGGCCUGUGGGUUUCGGCUAAGUUGGGAGACGAUGUCGGGCCGCAAGGGUUUGGGCUAGCGCGGGGCGAAGCGCCACCGCGAGGCGAGGUGCUCCGCGAUAACAUCCGGGGGGCAUCACGAGGCCCGCGAUCUGGCGCAUCACCGGCCUGGGAGACCCGCGGGCCCCACAACAUCAUUCUCGCUUACGUGAUCUGUGAUGCUGUCACCUACACCGAACACGCCCGACGGAAGACCGUCACCGCCAUGGCCGUCGUGCGUGCGUGCGUGCCCCGAAAAGGCAGGGAAAGACUCUCUACGAGUAUGGCGGUUAGGGUUUCAUCACAAUUAAAAGUCUUGCUGUCGAGAAAAGAGGAAAGAGAAAAAAAAAAUGAAUUGGAGGUUGUGUGGGGAAAGAAUUUGUUGCUCCCAAGUGUUGUUGGAAUUGCUAAUCUGGGGUUUUACUUGGUUUUCUGCAUGUCGGUGCUUUUAGUUGUUGAUACUGGAAUUUUUUUGUGUAUAAAUACUGAUGUGGGAUCGAUGCUUCAUUUUUUAUCGCUUCUGUUGGAUUAUAAUAACUUGUUUUGAGCUCUUUUUUUUUUAUAGCUGUUGCAUCUUUCUUGCAGUGCGUGCGAUGCUACCUUUGAUCUCUUAUGAUAUGUUGUCGGACACCUUUUGCUACAAGUUAUGAGGUUGUCUAUUAGGAUGUACCUGCUGUCUUUCCUUAGCUCAGUUUGCGUGAGCUCAAAACUAAAUAUAUGUUCGUGUUUGUUGAUAUGUAUGCUACUUUGGUAUGUAUCAGAAAUUUGAAAUUUAUUUCAUCCUUCAAUAUUGAGGUAAUAUUGAUAUUUAGACUUCAGACUUUAAAUGGGAUGCAUGCUUCUGUUCAUACGAUUUGACUUGUUAAACUUAUUGCAUUGGUUAUUGCUUUAAUGCUAUUGCUUUAAUUAAUGGUACGACACUGGAUGAUACUUUUUCUAUUAUUUGUGGUGACAUGAUUUGAGAGGUCCAUUUUACCCCAAGCACUUCACGACCUAAUUUAUGCAUGCUUGUCAAUUCAAUUAUCGUGUUUAAUUGGAAAAUUUUAUCUUCUCAUGUAUGUGUGUCCUUUAUGGUAGUAAGAGCUUGUGGUUGUUCCAAAAUUAACAUUUUAUUUUGUGGCAGGUAAGUUUGGAUGGACUUUCCUGCGAGGCUAAUAUUGUCAUAGUAUCAUUCAGACACUUGAUCUUUUUUCUUUUACAUUGCAAUUUCUGCUUACAACUUUUCGGUGUAUUGUGAUGCAAAGAUCUUAGAAUAGGAUAUAUUAGGUUUGCUUUGGCCUUUGUUGAAUGACAAUAUAAAACAAGAUUAUGGAAAUUAUUUCUUUCAUACUUAAGUUUACAUUUGGAUUGAGUAUUUGGUGAAUGUGAGAUUUUGCUGCACCAUAUGUGCCUAGCAUACCUUACUGUGCUGAUAGAUCUAAUGAUACUCGAAAAGUUUAAACUUUUUUGGUUGCAUUGCGUAAUUUUGUUGUAUGUAUAGCCCUUUGCAAGUGUAGCUCACAGAAUGUUUCAUGACAUAUUUUAUAUGGUAAUUUAUUUGAUCUGCGAGCAAUUUAUGUUUAGAUGUCAUGUUGCAACCAUUAAUACUGGAUGCUUUUGUUACAGAGUUUGCUAUGAGUGUGGUGUAAGUUGAUUGAUUAUGCUAUCUUUCUAGUUUGAAAGUUUUGUUUUGUUUGAUGGUGCAAGAUUUGUUGGAUCCUCAUUUCAUUGGUGUCGAGGGUAAGGCUUGGUAUCUUGGUGAAACUGUAUAUCAUGAUCGAUUAAUAUUAUGCUCCUUUCCCAUUGUUCAUAGGUAGGGCUUUCUACAUUGAUCCACACUAAAACUGUAUAUGCAGGAGUCUUGUGCAUUAGGCUUGUUCCUUGUAUUUUGCUGCCUGUUCCCACUUAAUUCUUGCUUAAAUUAUUUGCAUCUAGUCAUCGUUUGUGGUUGUUUCAUUGAAUAGUUUGGAUUGCCUUGGUUCAAAUGUUUCUUGAAAAUAAUGUUCUGACUACUCAGAGUUUAGUAGUAUUAAUAACUGGUAUAUGAGAUCUGUUAUAUCAGAAAAAUAAAAUUAAGAAUCCAUAUCAAAAGCUGAUGCAUAGUUUGUUUAGUUCCAUGUGCUGCAGGUUAUUUGCUGACUGUUUCUGAACUAGGAUGAAUUGUAUCAGUGGCUUGAUUCAUGAGGAAACUCUAGGUGUUCUUAGCAUGUUCCCCAACAAGGUGAUCUUUCUUUUACCCUUUAUUAUGUCGUAGGAAAACCAUUUUGACCAUGAUACCAUGUAUGCCUCUGCCUUGGUGUUCGAGGAUUGUUCACCAUAGAAAAUCUCUGUUGAGACAAUGAUUAUAAAAGGACACUCAACAGUGAAACGGAAACUCUUAGUUACAGUAUUUGAGUUCUUAAUCUUAUUAGAUAUCUUUGGUAAUUUGAUUUUUAUGUUCCUGUAGUACCUCUGGAGACAUUUUCUGAUUAUAUCCAGCUGUUACCUUUCACUGAAUUGUGGCCUAGAUGCAUAAAUUUGUUUGCUGUUGUCAUAUCCCAGACAUGGGCAAUCCUAAUGGGUGCAGAUGGGUGGUUGGCUGGUGGGAAUUGAGAAAACUUUAUGUUUACAGUCACAAUGAUCUGACUAACUGAUUCUUGAUUUGUUAAUCUGUAAAUUAUAUUCAGAUGUUGAGGGCUUUGAAAUGCAUCAUCUUAUCUGUUUGUAUGUCUAUAUAUGUACUUAUCUAGGCUUUUGCAUAUCAACAUAGGACCACAUAUACAGGAAUAUCUACAUGAAUAUUCAUCGGUAUAGAUGUUUUCCUUCCUUUCAUGCCUUGAUUUUCAUUUGUUUGUGUUUGAAAAAUUAAAAGCAUAAAGAAUAAUGGUGUCUUAACUUUCCUUGUUUGUGUAGCUAAAUUACCACAGGAUUAGUUGAUUUUUAUAUCGUUAGAGUUUCUGAAAGUUUGAUUCAGGAUAAAAUAGCAUGGACAAAUAUAGUGCAGAAGGCUUCCGAAUCCGGAGAGGAUCAAUGUAUGUAGCUUUACCCAGUUUGUUUUUGCAACACAGAAUUCUGAUCAUCCAUGUCGUUCGAGCAAAUAAAGUUUUUGGUAAGAAAGUUUUUUUUUUCCAGACAUGUUAACAAGGUUAAUUAUGGUAAAUACGCCUUCAUACUGUAUGUUUUCAGGGAAAGUACAUGAGCAUAUAUUGUAUUUAAGCUGGAUUUUCGUAACAGAUUAUAUAAUACUUUUUGGUUGGCUUUAUGGUACCGUCUUAUGUUAUUUGGGUUUUGACUCAAUUCUCCUGGAUUUUCAUGUUGCUAAAUCCUUGUUCUUCAUCCGGAUGCGCCAGGUUUCUGCUGGGAAAUGUUGGUGCACCCUGGUGCAUCAGAUGGGAGGGGUUUCUCGUAGAACACUGUUGCAACAGCCACUCAGCUUUGUGCGUUGCAAGCCGUUCUUACAACCUCCAAAAUUCAUACUCGUCAAUUCUUUGGGUUUCUUACUGAAUUGCUUGUCGUCACCAAUUUGGCCCAUCGACAGGAGAGUGAAGAAAAGCAUGCAUUAAUGUUGCUGCAGAUUGUGGAAGAAUAGGUAUGCAGUUUUCUGUAACUGGUUUCGACAAACGAUGGCAGCCAAGACUUGAUGGUUGCAGGUUAGCUUUAUGCUCGUCUUCUCAAUCACUCAAUCCUCGAAGUAGGACAAAGGGGCAUCUGCAUUUGGCAGGUUGCAGCACACCAGCAUCAUUAGCCGAAUCUUGCGGAGGUGUUUCCUCCAGGAAGCAACCCAGACCAGGCAUAAAAGCAUUCAUGGAGAUGCAUCUUCAAGCUGUGAUGGUGUAUUAGAUGCUGCUGCUUCAGUUUUAGAUCAUUCUAUGUUCCACUAAAGAGAACUUAAAUCCAUCAUCUGCUGGCCAGACAUAGUCUUAGGAGAUGCAAAUACAAGAAGAGAUUAAAGUUGACCAUAAAGAUAGGUGUUCUGGUGUGCCAAUAAAAAAAAGGCUAUUUCAUUUGUCACGAUGUUCAUUUUCUCCAUCCCAAGAAACAUGUUCAAUAUCACAUAAUUAUCAGAGGCAACCUAAUCAGUUCUCAGUUGAAGCAGAAUCUUCUGUGUCAGUAAAAGAUGCUGGUCUGCCACUGGACACCGGUACAUGUCCUAAGGACGUCGUAAAUUCUUCCUCCGCAUCAUCUGGUCAGAGGUAUGGCAGUGAUGUCCAUGCUAAUCAUGAUGAAAUGGAACUCAAGAAAGCCACAAGAGCCUUCAAGGGAUCAAAUAUGGAGGAAGAUCUUAAUGCUGAUAACAGGCCAUCACUAGGCUUAGAUAUGGAUAAAGGAAAGCAGUUAUCACAGCCUGGUACAUCGGAAAUGAUUAUAGUUGACAGGACCAUGGAAGAGAAAAUUGCUACAUGUGAUGUAUCUGCAUUUAGAGGAGUUGAAACAACAUCCAUUGUGCAUUUAUCGUCAUCUAAGGAUAAUAAAUAUCAUGGUUACAACUCGUCCAAGCAAGAGAUAGUUAAAACCUGUUCUUUAGAUCUGCGUCAGACCAUGCACAAUGAAGUGGAUUCAGAGUAUGGAUCUGCUGAUCGCUGUGUGAGCAGAGAAAAUUGGGAUUUGAAUGUUCCAAUGGAGGUGUGGGAAGCCAAUUUAAGUGAUUCAGUUGUAGAACAUGCCAUGGAUCAUAGGUUAAAUCAGAGCACUAUGCACCCGCAAAAUAUUGACAGAUGCCUCAUUCAACCUAAGCUAGGCACCAUUGCGAGUGUGUCAACAUCAGGAGCAUCUAUGGUCGAAAGAAGUCAAUACAAGCCAAGAUUGAGAAAUUGGAGAACACCUGCUAAUGACAAGAGGGGCUAUGAAGGUGGCUUAGACUUGCAGCUUCGACCACCUAGCAGACCAGAGUUACGCAUUAACUGGGGAAAGAUAGCCCCUUCUGAUCUUAGUCUUUCGUUGACUGGGAAUCUUUCAGAGGUAUCUUGUAGAGUUGUGAAGCCUGAACAUUGUGAGAACAGUAAUCAGAAAGUAACUGAAGUGUCUCAACAUAGUAGUCUAAAGUCAGUGGGAACUAGGCACGUAAACUCUGAACCAUGUGAUGAAAAUGUUCAUGGUGAUGCUUCCAGUGUAGCUGUUCUCUUUUAUCAGGAAUCAUCACUAGGAAGAGUGUUGAAAUCAGAGCCACCUGAAGAACCUAAGGAAAAGCCACCAAGUUUGGAGUCGGACGACAAUCAUCAAUUAACUUGUUGUACAGACGUUUCCCCGAGUCAGGUUAAACCUGCUCUUAAUUCUAAUGCUGUGGUUGAUGCAAAUAUACUUAAUGAUAAUAACCCAGUUAUGCCUGGUAAUGCAAAAAUAGAAUCAGGUGAGAGCACUUCUCUGGCUUUAGAUCCUGCUGAGUUGUCAAGUUCCGAUGUACCUUAUAAGGCUGACGAUGUGCUUACCAACAUUUGCGCUAACCAAGGUGCAGAAGGAAACACUAGUAAAUCAGUGGAUAUUAUUGCAGACCCCAUCAUUUCUGAUGCAAAAGAAUCUAAUGCAAACAUGACUGAAAGCCGUGAAAUUGCUGAUGUGGCCUCUUCUCUGCAUCAUGAGUCUGCAAGUUAUCUUAAAGAACCCAUGACUCAUGAUGAUUUGUCUGAAGGUAGUGCUGAAAUGGACUGCUCGGACAAUGAAGAUUAUACUUCAUCAAAACUAGUUGCUGGAGAUGAUCUUCACAUGGCUACUGACGUAAACAAGGUACCAAGUGCCACAAACCAGGAAGGCUUGGGCUUACCAGCUGAGAUUCAGACAGAACAAUUCAACAGCAAUGAACAGCAGUUCGAUGCUACUUAUAAUUUAAGGUUUACAACCGAUAUAACUAUUCCUGUAGAUGGUGAUAUUGAGGUCAAAGGUGGUGAACUUGGAGAUCCUGUGCCACAAUGUGCAAGUGAGGUUUCCUGUGACCAUGAAGAGAAAAGAGUACGGGGAAAUGUGCUAGAAUGGUCAAAUGAGCUUCCAUGCGAGUAUGAAAAGAAGGUACAUGAAAAUGUGACUACUGAUUUCACUGGUUCAGAUGGUCAUGCUGUCAUGAUGGAAAUACAUUCAGAUACAAAGGGCAAACAAAUAGUGUCUGAAGAGGCAAUGAGCCUUCAUAGAGCUGAAAAUUUUGAUGUCAGUAUGUGCCGUGAUAAAAAGGAGAUGAGCUCUGACCUGACAACAGUUUUGCAUGAGCCACCAGAUAAUGGAGUGGUACGAGUUUCUUCCAGUAAGAGGCUUGCUAAACCUUGUCCGGAAGCAAUAAAGAAUCACCUUGGAAAGGAGAAGAGCUCAGAGAUGAAGUCAGAUUCUAUCAGACCACCUAAUGCAAUUGCAAAAACUAUCGAGGACAAUGUAGACAGACAGCAGAUGAGAACUAGAUAUGCCAUUGCGUCUAUUAAGCAUCCGAAGCUGCCAGAGAGAGAUUCAGAUGUCAGUGGCGUUGGGAAUAAGCAUGUUGAUGAUGCAGGUAAGCAUAGCCACGAGAAGAAUGUUGACAGUAGGUGUAAGCAUAGACAGAUUACGAAGGUAAGUUCACCUACUAUUAGGUCAUUUGGCCAGAGGAAACCUAUUUCUUCUAGGUCAAUUUCAUCAGGAACUGAGGAUGGGUUGAUUGAUAAGCAGAGGCGAGACAGAAUGUUCUCUCAGAGGAGAAGGUGUUCAGAAUUUGAAAGCAAGAAGAAUCAAGAUCAGUCAACUGAUAAAUGUGAUUCUGAUUACAUGAACACUGCAAGGCACAGCAACCGGCAUUUGGAUCGGAAUUCCAACACCCGGUAUGCAUCAGAACAUAAUAAUUCAAGAAAGCACCAAUUUUCAAGGCUUAGUACAAGGUCGGAAGUUCCGCUAGAAGUUGCUACAAAUGGUUCUGUUGGAAGUGCCAGCACUUUAUCGAGGAGGCCAAUGGGUGAUCAGCCAUUCCGUUCAUCUUGUUUUCCACUCUGGAGGCGACUGCCGAGGCAUCAAGAGGAACCACCGUUGGUGGAUACCCGAAAUGCUAGGUGCUUAGUAAGGGACGUUAGCCCUAACAAGGAGGAGAUCAUGAGGACACUAGAUCAUGAAAUGGUGGAUAGUAUCUUAUAUUCGCACCCUACUAUGCAAUAUGGACCAACCGAGAAUGAUGUCUUGCCGAGGGGAAGCAAUAUUUCACCUACUCGGAGGAGACCUCCUCCUUCACAUUUCUAUGGAAUGGGCUCACCUCGUAGGUGGCUUUCCCCUGGAACAUCACCUGAAAUGGUUAUGAAUAAACAACAUCCAGCAUUAGUAAGACAUGGAGCACCACCAUCAGUUGACAUGCCCAAUUCGCCUCAUGGACAUCUUUAUUUCCCAGAAGGUAUGAUGGUUGAAAGGAAUGCUUUGCCUGCCGACAUGGAUGAAAUGCUUCCUGUUAACGAUCUUGAUCUACCUAGGCCCGGUGGGUUUCUGCAGAGGAACACAAGGAGGUAUUGCUUUGGCCCACAUGAAACAGCUGCGGACUAUCUUGGACCUGUUCACUUCUUUGCUGAUCACUUCAUUGACACAAGAAAUCGUUAUGAUGGGCGUGAUAACCAUGAGCAUACUACUCUUCCUUAUCAUGUAGAAGAUGCUCGCCAUAUUCGCAGCUCGAGGGACUUCGACAGUCAGUCAAGGAACCGACAUGGAAACGGUCGUGACAGAUUAAGAAGCAUAGUAGAGCAGGGUGAAGGUCACAGAUGCCGUGGAGAGCAAGGAUGGCGUGAUGGCGGACUCCACAGUGAGAGGUUGAAAAAGAGAAAACCCUGAGCAAGAGCAUUAUAUAUAUACACAUGGUGACUGCAUUAUAUACAAGCGUUGAAGGUUCAUCUUCAACCUUAGCCUGUGGAAUGGAGAAACGAGAGACGGGGAUCCGUGUCUGGCUGUAUUGGGGGCGAACCACCACCUGUUCUGGUUGGAAACUACAUGUUUUGCGGACUGGGAGUGAUAUCCGUUCGAUUUGGUUACAGUGUUGAAGAAGCCUUAUCGUUGACUUUGUGGUUAAAUAGUCUUUUCGGACUUUUGUCCACUUCAA